AUGGAUUCGAAGUCGUGGACCAGCUUGUCGGAUGCCGGCUCGGGCGCUACAGCGGACCCCCCCCGCCUCGGAAACAACACCGGCUCCGCCGAGCGGAGGAAGGCGGCACGCAGCGGCACCAUGUACGUGGGAUCCGAAAGCGUGAAGCCCGCCGCGAAGUUCUGCUCCUCGUUCUCGGGCAGCCCAAGCCCGGCAGGGCAGAGCACGGAGUUCCACACGGUCCCCGAGAGGGUGCUGCACGACGUGGUCGUGCCGUAUUUCUGCCUGGAGCAGCGGGAGGACGGCCGAAUGGAAGUGGACGCCGCCACGCUGCUCAGCCGCACGCCUCUCCCAAAGGGCUCCUCGGCGUUCACGUCCGUUCACGUCGUGUCGGCUGCGGACGAGCGAGCCCGGGCCACUGCGGAGAUCGUGCGCGAGACCGCCACCCAGCUCAGGGGGGGUGCGUGGACCUACGAGUGGCCGAAGCUUGAGGCCAGCGACGUGGUGGGCGAGUACGAGGCCUUCUUCCGUAUCACCGCCGAGCUUGUCCUCAACGGCGCCGACAGGUCCAGCCUCCUGGUCUUCGUCGCAAGCGCGGGUGACACAUGUGAGCUCGCUGUGGCCACUAUUCUGGCCAUGCUGCCGUUCCGCGGCGUGCAGGUGGCCUUCGUGACCCCGAGGCUUGGCUACGUGAGCCCGCUUGGCAGGUUGACGACAGCGUCGGGCUUGUUCGAGUACGACGCCAGGCAACCCGAGCGCAUGGGCCGCUGCCCCGUGGCGGCCGUGUUCGGCCCACUCGGCGAUCGCUCCUUCCGCUGCGCGCUUGCGCCGUGGCGCCCGCUGAAGCCAGUCGUCGUCGCCGAGGAGAAGCCGGCUCCGUUCAAGAUUGGAGCCCUGGAGUUGCCGAUGGUCACGUUCGAGGGCCAGUACGCAGCCGGAGUGGACAGGCUCGCAUCGUUGCUCGCGAAUCAUUUCGGCACCUCGAUGUUCCCCGUCGUUGCCGUGGGAGAGACUGUCGACGCGCUCGGCUACGGGUCGGAUGUCCUCAGCGCCCUGGAACAAUGCGGCUGUUCAGGCUAUUACUUCACUCACGCGUCUGGCGAGAGCAACAAGAGACCAGAUGCGUACGGCAGCCCAGAGCUCUUGAAGGCGAUCGCCGCGGCCAAGGGCGCGGAGAAGCGUGUGGUGGUCAUCGCCGUGGGUGGAGGCGUGAAUGGCAAUACGAUGGGGACUGUCGCAGCCAUGAUUCACAACGCUUCGCGUAGACUCGCCAGGACAGGCGUCACGGGUCGUCCCGGCGGCUGCCUGCUCGAGGUGCCCACGACUCUGAUGCACUACAACGACGCCACCACGUCCGCCAAGAAGGCUUUCAGCCUCGUGAGGGACGGUCAGAUCCUGUCCAAGAACAUUCUGGGCACCUUCUACCUCCCCCAGCUGGUCUUCUGCAUCAGCGAGACGUUCCUCACGCUGUGCUCCAACAGCGUGCACGCGGCCGUGGGCGAGGCAACCAAGACAAUGAGCAUGCUCGGCAACACCACGUCGACCUCAGGACAGAACAACUUCUCCAACAUCCUGGGCGGUGUCGAGUUCGCCAGCGACUUCACGCGUAUCAUGGGCGGCGUCGAAGGCUUUGAGCAUCUGAUCACGUUUAUCCGCGACUCCCGUAAGAUCAAGGGCGAGGUGCUCAGCCUGGGUCGACAGAUUGUGGAAGCCAGGCGCUCGAUGCAGCAAGGCGCGGAGCUCGCGUUGCUCGCCGCCCAGCGCGAGGAGGCGCUGGCCGAGCUCCGAGCGCACUUUCACCACGGCAUCUCGGCAGAGAGCAGGGAUGGCAUCAUGUCCUUCUUGACCGUCAUCAACGAGGAGAUUAUCCGCGCCAAGGCCAUGUUCCUUGCCUACUCCGACCCCUUCGAGAAGUACCGCGCGCUGCUCUUCGAGUACGCUCACACCCUCGGCCACGGCAUCGAGGCAGUGAUGAAUGGAUUGUACCGCAAGGCGGAAGCACUGAACAUCGACUACGAGGACGCCUUCCGCCUUCACGGCCAGUGCGUGGGCAUGUCCGUGCUUCUCGCGGGUGAGAUGUCCCGACGGCUGGGCCACCUGGAGGGAGACGGCUUCGUCGCUCACCAGUCGCUGGUGUAUUUGUUCAACAGAUUCGGGGGCUACGACUUCAGGCCUCUGCGUCAGCUCUGCGACAAGCUCGGCGUCAGCCGGGAGGAGUUCUGCGAGAGCGUGCUGAAGGUGGUCCGGCGCGACAACAAGCGCGGCUACUGCAAGUGUGCCCCAGGUUGCAGCGUCGACCAGCUCGUGCAGGGCAGGCCCGGCUCCCUCCUGCGCAGCGACGAUCCCAGUGCCGAGCUCCGCUACCUGGUGGAGGUCAGCGAGGACUCGCAGCGGGACGUGCUCAUGGAUGCCUUUGAGGGCAACUUCGACAAUGUGCUGGUG